AUAUACUCCCCGCACUUAUCAGUUCAGUUAACCAGCACUUGAUACUGAUACCGAUAAGAUUGUUGCGCAAUGGUACAUAUAAUCUGCCGACUAUGAAACAAGUUGAUACAAUUAUCAACACCCCCGGGAAAAGCCAAGCCCAGGGUACGAAAAAACGUGCCAGAAGAGAGGGUUCGAAAUGGACGCGAUCCGGUUGUUUGACUUGCAAGAGGCGUCGCAAGCGCUGCGAUGAAACUAAACCUAGGUACAUUUUGCAUGAUGCUUGAAUUGCAACUGUGGAACUGACAAUCUGUGGUAGCUGUCGUAGUUGUGUAAGACUGGGGUUAAGCUGCGAGGGUUAUGGCUCGAUGUGGGCAGAACCACUUAAGCCAUCUGCGGAAGUCUUUCAGCAAGCUGUACCACCAAAGAGACGAAGAGUGAGCUUGUCGCCUUCCCUAUCUGCCUGCUCCCUGGCGACAUCAGUAGAGCAGCCAUCUCCCAACUCAACGCUGUCCUCUGGCUAUAUGACCAUCCCUUCGACGCCGUCAGAGUAUGGCGCAAUUGAGUUACACACUCCACGAACUGAAGAGAAAGAUCCCAACGAAAGCGACGAUUUAGCACUUGAUCUUACACAUGAUAACGACUUUACUAUUAUUGCCCCGAAACCGCGCUGCGCCCUCAGCCACCUAUCGAAUCUCGAAACGCACUAUCUUCAAUACCACAUGGAAUUAGGAUCUAAACUCCUGGCGAACCUGGAAAGUGAUGAGAACCCUCUACGAUCGUUAAUCAUUCCCCGAGCAUUAUCAUCGCCACUCCUCAUGAAAGCAUUAUGUGCCGUGUCUGCAAUGCACUUCGCAAACCGCUCCCGUGAUAGCUUGGGUGCGCAGACCGCAGCAGCAAAUUAUUACGUCCGCACAAUGAGCGGGCUCCGUUCCGCCCUUUCAAACUGCCCCGUUGAAGCUCUUUCCACAGAUUCGGUCCUAGCUGUAGCUCUUCUCUGCAAGUAUGAGAUCGUACGAGGAAGUGUAAAGCAAUGGGCCGUGCAUCUGAAUGCUUUAGAAAAAUUAGUGGUUUCUCGCGGCGGGUUUUCGACCUUCGACCACGAAACGGCCGAAUUCCUAUGGGGACUAUUUAUGUAUGCGCAUAAUGUGGCGAGGGUCACCAACCGCAAACAAAUCACAAACCACGUCCCAGGCAUGGAAACGUUCAGUCUCACAAAACUCGACAUAUACAUCGGAUACACAGAAGACAUCAUCAAACUAUGCCCCCGCAUCGCCGACCUACCAUUACUUAGCCACGACCCCGUCGCGCUGGGGUUAGAAAUCCACACAAUAGACACCCUCCUCCGCAACUGGACCUACACCUCAAGACAAUACAUAAUCCCAAAGGGAAUCACAGAUGGAAGUCUGCUCCGCCUGCGCAUGGUCGCCGAGUGUUUCCGCGACGCAGCAUAUAUCUACCUCCAUUCAACCUUGGAACGAAUGAGCCAGAGUUCCAUGGCCCACAACUUACCAAGCCUAUGGUCGUCGUUCAUCUCCCGGAAAAAACCCGUCGCUCUACGCCGUUGUCUGGACAGGAUCCAGUCUUUCCAUCUCGACGAGAAUUGCGAGUACUCGGCCCUUACGUUCCCGCUUUUCAUAGCGGGGUGUGAGAGCGAGAGCCCUGCGGAAAGGGAGCUGGUGAGCCAGUCGUUGGGUAAAUUGGAAAUGAAUUUUGGGAUCGGGAAUGUGAAACGGGCGAAGGAGCUACUGAACAUACUUUGGAGUGGGGAGAAGAUGCAUUGGUUGGAUGUAUUGGAGCGGUUGAAAUGGGAUUUGAUUCUUGCGUGAGGCUCUCAAAAGAGGUUAUUAGGGGUUUGAACAAAGGUUGGUUGGGCGUUUGAUUAGCGUUGCCAACGGUCCAGGGAUGCUUUGCAUAAUGGGCGUUUUGGUUUAGUUAUGGACACAUUGGAUUACAGGAGAUUUAUCGGACAAAUCAUUCAUUGUCGCGUGAGUCAGGUGUUGCUUUAGCCAUAAACAAUUUAACAGGCUAU